AAGGGACGGAGAGAGCAUCAUAGGAGACCAGAUCUCCGAUUACCCAGAAGAAGAAGAAGCGCGUAUUUAAUUUCUUAUUCUGUGAGAUUGUGACGAUUUUAUGUUUCCACCAAUUUUGGCCUCCAUGACAUGUUCUUAGAUGAACAUGGCUGCUACCUUCCGCAAACAACUAUUGGCAGACUGGUCUAGUCUUCCUCAUGUCAUUCUCUCAAAUAUUCUGGAUAAGUUGUUGGAACCAACUGACCAUGUUCGUUUUGCUGCCGUUUGCAAGGAAUGGCAUGCUCUCGCAACAGACUAUAACCACACGACCCAGCGUUGUUUUAAGGUGCAUCCCAUGCUUAUGAUCCCUUCAGAAUCCCAAGGAAAGCGAAAACUAUACAGCAUCUCUGAGCAAAAAGUCUACAACAACUUUGAGUUACCACAAGCUUGUAAUAGCACUAAGAGGUGUUGUGGCUCGAGCAAUGCUCCUGGUUGGUUGGUCGCAGUAGAUCUACUAGGCGAACAUCAACUCAGUACAACUCUAGUGAACGUGUUCAAAAGAGAAGUGACGCCCAUUCGUCUACCUCCAUUGUAUUUCAAUGCUGAGAGUCAUUGGUUCAUGGUUUUCUCCCCAAAGGUUAUCUUAUCCGCUGAUCCAAUUGCGAAUCCAGACAAUUAUGUGGUUGUGGCAGUUUAUGAUAGGGUUUCAAGGAUCGCUUUCAUAAAAGGAGGACAAACAAUCUGGACUUACCUUGAGGUCUACUCCUUCUUUACUGAUGCUAUAUUUUAUAAAAGAAAAGUCUAUGCGGUCGGACAAUGGGGACGGAUUAAAUCGUUUGAUGUUAAUAGCAAGCCAGUAGAAGAAAGCUUACUUGCACAUGGACGAUAUCGGUUUUCAUGUCAUGCGCAUAAGGGGUAUCUUGUGGAAACAACUAAAGGAGACUUGUUGCAUGUUCGAAGAUUUUUGAAACAGAAGGAUGUACCACGACAUUACUAUUUCCAUUAUGAGCAUAAUGAGUUCUGGACCGAAAGCUUCAAGGUUUACAAGGUGGUGUUUGAUGAGAGGGACGAAUCCAUUGUGGAGCAGGUUGAGUUAAAGAGUAUUGGAGAUGAGGCUUUGUUUGUUGGUGACAAUCACUCGAUGUGUGUUUUGGCUUCAAACUUUCCUGGGUGCCAACCAAAUUCCAUAUACUACACGGAUGACUUGAUAGAACUUGGAGAAGUGCGAUUAGUUGAUGAUGGAUCAAUUAAUAUGGAUGACAUCUUCAGUUUAAUCAAACUAAAGGAUGAAACCAUCUCUAAUGGACCAAGUGAUAUGGGCAUCUUCAAUUUAGAGGAUGGAAGCAUUACGCAACAUUAUUCUCUAAAUCCUUGGCACAGAAACAUCCCACCUGCUAUCUGGAUCAUGCCGUUGUUUAAUGGACUCGGCUAAUUUCCAGUUCAUUUCACAAUCUGGAGCCAUGGUGUAUCUUCUCAUUCUGUUGUAACUUUCUAUAUUAUUCAUGUACAGGAUUAGAGUUGCCCACUAGUGAUUAGCAUGCAUGAAAUCAUGAAUACACUCGUUAUAUGAGGUGUUAAUAGAAAAUACAAAACUUCAUUUGAUUAGGUGCUGCAGGUGUGGAUUUUACUUGAUGAAAUCGAUUAGUUUAAAGACC